AUGUUUACUUAUACAUCCAUUAUGUAUAAUCCUAUUGAAAUUAAUUUUAUUUUAAACUCAGCUGAUGUAGUACUACUUCCUUCAAUGAUAACAACAACAACAACAACAAUUUCAUCAAUAUUAAAUAAUCAAGGAAACAAUUCAUCGUCUGCUGGAAAUGAAAUAACUUCAUUUUUAACUCAUCUUCGAGAUGAAACUUAUCGAAAAGCUAUUUUUAAAAAAUUAACUGAAUGUCGAAGAAUUAAACAAAAUGAAAUUAAUAUUUGUCAAGAAGAAAUUCAAGUUAUUGAUGAUAUGCUUCAAUUUGUUAAUCAAUAUCAUAUUAAACAUUCAAAUAAUCAACUGACUUUAGAUGAAAUGCAAAAUCCAAAUACAGAAGAUAUUACUUUAAAUAUGUUAAAUACAAAUAGUGAUUUAACUGUGUUUGAUAAUCCAAUUACCAAUACUAUUGAUCCAUACUGUCUUCAGAUAGAUUCAAGAGAUGAUAUGCCUAUGGAUCUAUUAUCAUCUUUAUCUGCUUCAUUUCCAACAGAACCAUUUUCAGAUGUAUCAACAACGAAUAAUCCAUUACAGGAUAUUGAAAUAUUUAGCGUCAACAACAAAUCCAACUAA